GAUCUCUCUGGACUCGCGUCGGAGGAGCAGCAGGAGGAGGAGGAGGCAGUCCGGCGCUCUCCCUGCCCGAGAUGAUGGCUGUGCGGGGUCUUAUGGGCGGGAUGGGCGGCCUGAUGGGCGGCAUGGGCGCGGCGAACCCGUCUCUGGGCCUCCUUCACGGAUUCCCGCCUCCGUUUCAGCUGACGGCAGAACUGGGGACCAGAGCAAGGAAAACCCUGCAGGUGUCAGGCCCCUUAAAUGCAUCAACUGUGAGUAUGUGACUACGGACAUGACAACCCUCCUCGACCAUCUGGACUCCCACUACUCCGUCAGGACCUUCCUCUGUGUCCACUGCACCCGCGCCUUCCCUGGUCCUAGAGAGCUCAACGCCCACAACCAGCCUGGCCAAUGCCCCUACAGGGAGACCUAAUCAGUCAGCUCUAGAUUAUUGUUUGCUUGGAUCCAGCACUGAAAGAUGAUCAUAUACAAGAAGCAUGAUUACAAGAUAACUGAUUAAAUGAAUAGCAAAAUAGCCUAACAUGUCCUUGUAACUAUGUGCACAAGAAUGUAUUUUUGUAUCCCAUUCUCUGUGGGGGUACCUCUUUAUCAGUUAAUCGUAUUUAUGAUUAUUCUCAUUUCACCAAAAAGUAUCUAAC